AUGUCCACCAGCUCAAGCUUCCCCACUAACUCCGCCAAUGCCCUGGGCCUCCUCACCUCCCUCGGCGGCGUGAUCGGCUACGCGCGCACCGGCUCAGUCCCCUCAAUCGCCGCCGGUCUCUCCAUCGGUGUCCUGUACCUCCUCAGCGCCUUCCGCGCUCGCGCCGGCCAGCCUUACGCAGAGGAGAUCGGCCUCCUAGCUUCCGCUGUACUAGGCGGAAGCUCCAUCCCCCGCGCUAUCAAGACGGGCUUCAAGCCCGUGCCUACUGGAUUGUCGGUGCUGGCAACUUACGGCGUCGUUGUCUUUGGUCUUGCGUUCCGCGGUAAGAAGGAUUAA